AUGAAUAAAAAUAUAUUUAGUUUAGUUUGUAUCAUCUUGUAUACCCUUUUGGCUGUAUCAAUACAUUGCUCGGAGCAGAAAAGUGAUCGAUCUAAGACAUAUGGAUUAAGAAGUAGGGUCAUUCGUGCUAUCCAAAAAAUAAAGAAAAGUAACAAAAAAAAUGAUAUAGAACCUCAACGAGAAAACCAAUCAAAUAAUAACAAUAAUUACGAUUAUGAAAGGUAUCGUGGCCCCUAUGAGGAUGAAGCACCAUUCAGUGAUUGCUGUGGUCUUUGUUAG